GCAGUCGCUAAAAACUACCUGUGCAGGAAACGGUAGAUAUAAGAAAACCGGAUUUUUUAAAAAAGAACUGUCUACAGUAUCCCUACCUACAGCUCUUGUUGGUGACGUCGGUGUGUGGCACCGCCUUCCCCCGUCUCCAGGGGGACUCUGCCGCUGGAGUGGCGGAGGCGGCUCCUCCCCUGUCUUUAUCCUACCCUUUUCAAGAUGGCGGCGCUAAGUGUAAACAAGGUCGGGGCUGGUCCUGGGAUGGAUGCCGGGAGCAGGCAGAGCCGAGGUCCGGCGGGUGUUGUGGUGAAGGUUCUGGAAUGUGGAGUUUGUGAAGAUGUAUUUUCACUGCAAGGAGACAAAGUGCCCAGACUGCUUUUGUGUGGCCAUACCGUCUGUCAUGACUGUCUCACCCGACUUCCUCUCCAUGGCAGAGCAGUACGCUGCCCUUUUGAUCGGCAGGUUACUGAAUUAGGAGACUCUGGUGUCUGGGGCUUGAAAAAGAACUUUGCUUUGUUGGAACUUCUGGAGCGGCUGCAAAAUGGACUUGGUGGCCAAUGUGGGGCCACUGAAGAAGCUAUUGGCCUCUCAGGAGAGUGCAUCAUUCGCUGUGAUGAAGAUGAAACUCAUCUUGCCUCCGUGUACUGCACUGUUUGUGCCACUCACCUGUGUGCAGAGUGUUCUCAACUUACUCAUUCUACGAAGACACUAGCGAAACAUAGACGUGUUCCCCUUGCGGAUAAACCUCAUGAGAAGACCAUGUGCUCUCAGCACCAGGUGCAUGCCAUUGAAUUUGUGUGCCUGGAAGAAGGUUGUCAAGCCAGUCCUCUUAUGUGUUGUGUCUGCAAAGAAUACGGAAAGCAUCAGGGUCAUAAACACAGUGUUUUGGAACCAGAAGCAAACCAGAUCCGUGCUUCAAUUUUAGACAUGGCACACUGUAUAAGAACUUUCACAGAAGAAAUCUCGGAUUAUUCUCGGAAACUGGUUGGAAUCGUUCAGCACAUAGAAGGAGGAGAGCAGAUAAUUGAAGAUGGGGUUGGAAUGGCACAUACAGAACAUGUGCCGGGUACAGCAGAGAAUGCCCGUUCGUGUGUCCGAGCCUAUUUUUCUGAUCUUCAUGAAACCCUUUGCCGUCAAGAAGAAAUGGCACUUAGUGUGGUUGAUGCCCAUGUGCGAGAGAAAUUGAUCUGGCUUAGGCAACAGCAAGAAGACAUGACUAUCUUGUUAUCACAGGUGUCAACAGCUUGCCUUCACUGUGAAAAGACCUUGCAGCAGGAUGACUGCAGAGUUGUGUUGGCCAAGCAAGAAAUUACAAGGCUUCUAGAGACACUGCAGAAACAGCAGCAACAAUUUACAGAGCUUGCAGACCACAUACAGUUAGAUGCUAGCAUUCCAGUCACUUUUACAAAGGACAACAGGGUACACAUUGGGCCAAAAAUGGAGAUUCGGGUUGUAACUCUUGGAUUAGAUGGAGCUGGCAAAACAACUAUUUUAUUUAAACUAAAACAGGAUGAAUUCAUGCAACCUAUUCCGACAAUAGGUUUUAAUGUUGAAACAGUAGAAUAUAAAAAUCUGAAGUUCACUAUUUGGGAUGUAGGAGGCAAACACAAACUGAGGCCUUUAUGGAAACAUUAUUACCUCAACACACAAGCGGUGGUGUUUGUUAUUGAUAGCAGUCACAGAGACAGAGUCAGCGAAGCACACAGUGAACUUGCCAAACUCUUAACGGAGAAAGAGUUGCGGGAUGCUUUGCUCCUGAUCUUUGCCAAUAAGCAGGAUGUGGCGGGGGCGCUUUCAGUAGAAGAAAUUACAGAAUUGCUGAGUCUCCACAAGCUCUGCUGUGGUCGUAGCUGGUACAUUCAAGGCUGUGAUGCUCGAAGUGGCAUGGGACUGUAUGAAGGACUGGACUGGCUCUCAAGACAUCUGGUAGCUGCGGGUGUUCUGGAUGUGGCUUAAGUUCAUGUUGAAAGCCGUUUGAGCUUGAAGAUCAGUUAACUUAUUUAUGUGACUUGAAAUGGUCAAAUAUGAACUUUGCAUCUGAAGCUUUGUUUCCUAAAGAAAACUACUAAUGUUUUUUCUGGAAUGUUUAUCAGAGUGUGGCACAGUGAGUCUGCAAUUCCUGUAGGUUAUGGUUAUUUAAUAGAGUAGUAUGGUGGUUAUGCAGGAAAGGUGCCUUGAUUUUCAAAGAAAUGAAAUAUGAAAGGUCUUUGGCUUCAGUUUUAAACAAACUAAUCUGUCUUCAUAUUAAUACUUUCAGGACUUUAUUUGACCUUGCUCCUUUUUAGGGGGUAGUCUCAUUGCAUUAACUCAGUUUCACAGAUCUGAAGCAGAAAUCUGUAUGCACAGAUGUUGCUUGGCAUCACCUUCAUUUAAAAAUUUGCAGUAGGCUAAAAUAUAGCAGGUGCUGUCAAACUUUUUUUUAAUAAUUGCGCUGCUACUCAAAAAAUAAAAAUCAACUAUGUUUGUUCUCAUAUCAUGCCACAGUUUUUGAUCUUAACCUGGAAUCCUGCUGCUUCUAAGAAGUCUCUUCUGCUUAUGCUUAACUGUGCAUAUUUCACUGUGCGCAUAUAUAGAUGAACCUAGUUAUCCACAGAUUCGUGUAUCCAUGGUCGGGGUAAAAACACCCAACCUCGGCAUAUGGCGGGGGUGGUGGUGGAAACAUGCCAACCUCACAUAUCUGUGGGCCAGAGGUGGCCGGAAAUGACUGUGGAGGUCACUUCUGGACCCCCUUUUUUUUUUUUGGACAGAGCCACAAAAUGACUCCCAUCCUUAUGGGGGGUGGGGAAGGAAAAGAAAAAAAGCUGCUGAUUUUCGGCUGAUUUGGGGGCACAGCACAACUUGGGGAGCAGCAAAGCUUGGUAAGAAGCUCCCCCGCAGUGAAAUUUGGCCAUUUCUGGCUGGGAACCUAACCCCUGCAAUCACAUAGGAUUCAAUUACUCGAUAUUUGCGGCUUCCAUAUCUGCGGCUGCAGCCUGGAACGGAACCCGCACAAAUAUUGAAGUUCUCCUGUAGUUCACUGCACAUACACACCUAACUCUCUCCCUCAAUGUUCAUCAGUGGAACUGCCACAAACAAUUCCUAUAACCAUACACUUUACUGUCAGAGGCUCAUUCAUUUAUUCUGCAACAGAAUCUGUAAAUACUACUUUUGAAACACUGGCAAUAAAAUAUCCAGUUUUUAUAUUAAAUACAGUAGAAAUUCAGAAAACCGAUACAGGUGAAAUAUUUAAGUUUCUUCCACUCACUUUGAAGCUGACAUUUAGCAAAAAAAAACCCCACAACCCUGCUAUGUUCUGUCAGUAAAUUCCUCUGGCUGCAGCUAUGCCAUCUGUUAAUGAGCGAGAAGCUGUGGAUAAGGUGUUUUUGUUUUGACUAAGGUUCUGUGGCACAUUUUGGUGAUAUAUCUGCACUAAUAUAUUGUGCCUCUUAAUUAGCAUGAUAAAGUAGUCAGUUUAAUUUACAAGUAAUUAAUACUUAUUUUGCUUUUCUGUUUUGAUGCAAUCUAAAUUAUAAGCAGCAGUACAUAUUCAGUCGGUAUUGAGCAGCUGAGAGCUCUAUGCUAAAAGUUGCAUAUCACAAGAUUGUCCAUUUCCUAUGUAGGUGGUGCCAUGGAAGAUUCUGAGAGGUCUUGAGUGGGAGCAACAGUAGGUAGAGAAAUACAGGAGCCUCCAUAAUGGAAAUGAGAGAGAAAAGUAGUAGCUCAAGGUGCAUCCUUCAAACUACCAAAGACUGGGGAAUGUGACUUCAAGAGACUAGUUAAACAAACAGGAUGGAGGUUGGAAAUUGGCAUUUGCUUGUCUGGGGAAGCACAUUUGGUAGUGAAAAUAGAACAGCCAGUAGGAUUGCUGAAGAUUACUCCAGAAUGUUGGGAUGCUAGGCUGUACCUCAGAGUGCCCUAUUGAUCUUUGUCCCUUUGUCCUUUUAUCUCCCUUGGAUGAAUGAAUCGAAGCAGCUCCUAUUAUGGCUACCUUUGUUGCCUCUCUUCUCCCCCCCCCCCCCGCCCCCAUAUCUGUGGAGAUAGGAUUGACUGUUCAAUUCUAGAGGGCUAUUUACUAUGUCUGUUGUAGAUCUUCCUUAAAACCCAAACGUUCUGUUGCCUUCACUUAAGACUCUGCAACCAAAGCCCCUUUCCACUCCUAUUCUGGAUGAUUUUGGAAGAAUAAGCACUGCCUUGCAGAAGAACCAAAAGUAGGACUGUCUUUCCUACAUGAUGUGAACUGGAUCUGAGGCUGUCUUUCAUACUUGAGCACACCUAAAAACCCUCAAUAUGUUGAAAUCUCCCAUAUGACGUCUGUUGAUUGCAAAUAAAAGAUGGCCUAAAUGCACAUUUUCCUUAAGGUUUUUUUACACAGCUUUUGAAAUCUUUCCUUUCUCUCCAUCCUCUGAUCUUGUUAGGAUCUGAAUUUUCAGUGUCCACUGCACCUUGCUGUUGACUUCAGAUCUGAUUAUCCCUGGUUACAUUAGUGCUUUCUCCCCAGGGUCAGGCAUGUCAUAUCUUCAGGACUACUAGAGGCUAAAUUAUGUGCAAUAUUUGAUAAGCUGAAGUACCUUUCUUGCACUUCCCCAUAUGAGACAUUGAAGCACAGUAUCUUUCCAAUGUCAUAAAGACUGUAUUUUUAUUCCUCCUUAGAUCUGGAGGAAUGAUUCUGCAUUUGGUAGCCUGCUUUGUGCUUUGCAUUUUUUUUUUUGUUAGAUUAAUAGAGAAAAGCUGUGUCCAAGGAUCAGCUGUUUAGCGCUUUGGCUACUUGAACAUUUUUUUUGUAUUGGUGUUAAGGCAAAAUGUAACCCAGUUGACAAUGAAAUGAACACACUGUCCGCACUCUGGUCAUGUUGUGCUUUGAGGAAAGAGGAUGUGCUGCUUUGAUAGGUCCUGUGUUCUGCACUGCACACCUGAAAAUUUCUUCAUACCUGCUAAUACAGGAAUUUUGCCAAGGUAAUUUUAAAAACAUAUUUGCUGAUUUAAGGAGGCUUUCUGUCUUGCAUCACAGAGGAGUAUUAGAGUUGAGACUUGAUCAUAAGUGUGGGGUCCAGAGUCACUUGUAAGUUCUUCUCUGAUGCAAUCAUUGGUUUUGUAUUCUCAGGCUGCAGUAGUAAUGGUUGGAAUUAGGCAGUCAGAUUUUAUUAUUGGUACUAUCUGAGGGAGAGAAGUUUUCCCUCUCAGGUUAAAUUGCUCAUUUGAAGCCAGAUCCUCUUUCCUAACCAUAUAAUGUUCCCCUUAGAAGCCCAGAAUGAAUGUCCCCCACUCUCCAUUGGUACCAGAGGCUACCUAUAUAAGGCAGUAAUUAAUACAACAAAUUGCACAGAACCCCUUGAAGUAGAUAAAAUGCUUUGCAUUGUACAUGCAAAGUAUAUUGAAAUCACUUCAAACAGAGGCCCGUUCAAAGUGUUAUUGAAUUGACUAAACAUUUUACUUCUGUAUCCACCUAUGGUCACUAAGGUCUCCUACUGCUGAGGUACAGCUGAUGAAAUGUUCUGUAAAUUGAUGUAAAAUGUUACCAAUUCUGUAUUCCAAUGUAAAGCAGCAGAGGUGAAAGACCUCUCAUUGUACAACAGUGUAGGACUCUGAGGCAUCCAAGUACCUUCCAAGACUCUUAAGCAUGAACCUAGUUUCAUGCGGUAUUGGAUAAGGAAUACAUAUUGUAAACAGGGUACCAUACAUACAUUCCAAGCUUAGUGUAGUAUAAUUCUUAUGCUGUGCACUUAAACUUAAGAAAUCCUUGUCAUACUUGCAUUUCCUUUUUUUUUUUGGUGACCUGGUAUAAGGGGAAAUUCCUGCAUUCUAGUCGUAAUCUCAUUAGCUAAAAUCUUUCUUAUUGAAUCCUAUUUAGGUACACAGUGCUUGACUGAAGCAGCCGAAACAGGAUUAGGGCUCUCUUACCCCUCUGUGCCUCAACUAAUUAUCAGCUCAAAACAUACUGCAAGAUUGGACUUAAUGCUUUUAGGUGGGAGGCAUUGCUCUGUAUAUAGCUUGUAGUUUUUCUUUUUAACACUAAUAAAAUACGUGACACUACUUCAUAUGCAGCAGUUAGGAAGGUUGAAUGUGGAUUGCUAGUUCUCCAGUUGCUUUAAUUGCUGUAGCUAUUGCUGUUUUUGGCUCUCUGCUCCUUGUAAAACUCUCAAUAUGUUGAUUUUAGGACACUGUGGAGAAGUAAUGGUUUUGGAAAACCUAUUUGUUCCUUAUUCCUGACAAGUCAAGCUCUGCUACAACUGUAGUGUGCUUGUAUAAAAGUAUUAUUUAAUUGAAAUCAAGUGACUGUGAAAAUAGGUGUUGCGGCUGUCUGAACUCAAGUAUUGCCAGAUACACUUAGCUUGUUUGUAUAUAACUACUGUAAAUUUUAGGCUUGUUUUGUUGAGCUUUAAUUCAUGUGUGCCCGUUUUAAAAGUGCUUCAAUUCCAAGGAAGUUUUAAAGAAGUUUGCUCUUGAGAAUUUAUACUGUUUGACUAAAGAAUUGUUCCUAAAAUAAAAUUAGAUCAGAGUUAACUGAAACUAAAAUGUAGCAUUCAGUGACUAUAAAAAAAUGGUAUAUUAACAUCUUGCUUCAACAGUAAUGUAAUAGAGCUUUAUAUCUUGAUAUACUCUAGCUUUUAAAUGUAUGUAAUUUGCUUUCAAAUUCUGGAUUGGGAAUUAAUGACAGGGUGGAGAAAGAUUGUGGCACCAAGAUACCUUUAUAUUCUGGAACUACAUGGAAUAAAAAAGCUUACAAAAAAGGCUUUUGAUUUAACAGGUGUUGGUGCAGUUAAAAAAAUGGCCUUGGACUCCUAAUAAAAAAUUUUAACCAAAAGGUUGAAA